GUACCGCAGCUCAAAGAAGAGAAGCUGUACGUGGACCAAUGAGAAUCGAGGGAAAAGUAGCAGAAGCUUUCGGAUGUCUGCGGGAACUGUCAGAACAGGUGAAGGCAUCGCUUCGGUUUCACAGCUGCUUUACUGUUGCUGGGACUGUCACCAUGAAGCUGAUACCCUUUCAUGUCGGGGGAACCUCCUUCAGCCUGGCCGUCCUCUUGGUGCUGCAUUGCUGUCACAUCGCCAGCAUUCUUGGCCACAAGUCUGGAGGCGAUUUAAUCGUGGUGGAAAACACAGAACAUGAGGCUGUAAACGGUGAAGAGGAAGAUGUGGCAGUAGAUGAUGUGGAAGAUGAUGAAGGAGAUUUAGACGUUGUCCAGCCCAGUGAGCAGUGGCAGACACUUAAACCAGGUCAGGCAGUGCCACAAGGUUCUCAUGUGAGGCUGAAUCUGCAAACAGGUGAGAGGGAGGUCAGACUGGGAGAAGAGCAGCUGAAAUACUGGACAGAGGAGCACAGGGAGGAAGAAGCGCUCCGGUCUUCCUUUAAUCCCGAUGAGCUGAAACGAGCCAUGAAGAAGAUAAAAGAGGACGGGAAGCUUGCAAGCAAGGACACAGAGCAGAAGGACUCUGUGGCUUCUAAGUUUCGCACAAUGGAGGAGUUGAAGAAAGACAUGGCUCAGCUGGACCUGCUGCUGGAGACGGAUGUUCAGAUAAUGAGGCGUCUGCUGGAGCAGUUCAACAGCAGCAACUCAACUAUCGAACAAAGACUGAGCAUCCUGACGGAGCUCGAAUAUCUGGUGCAUCAGGUGGAUAAUGCUCAGACUCUGUGCUCCAUGGGGGGCCUCCAGUUCAUUUUAGAAGGUCUGAACAGCUCUGACUUCAGAUUACAGGAAAGCUCUGCCUUUGUCCUGGGCUCUGCGUUAGCCAGUAAUCCAGCAGUUCAAGUUCAAGCUGUGGAGAAUGGCGCUCUGCAGACACUGUUAACCACGCUGGCCACUGCUCAGCAACUCAGAGUCAAAAAAAAGGUUCUGUUUGCAGUGGCUUCCCUCUUGCGUCACUUCCCCUAUGCACAGCGUCACUUCCUGACACAUGGCGGUCUGCAGGUCCUGUCAGAGCUGUUCAGGACUGACAACAGUGGGAUUCUGCGUACACGCAUCGUCACCAUGUUAUACGAUAUGAUUACUGAGAAGGAGCUGAUCUUCCAGAGAGGUCUGGACCCAGUACUGGACGCGGCCCAUGAUGAGCGGCGGCGUCAGUACUCUAAAGUGUCUUUGCAGGAGGAGCUGUUGGAGAAGGGCUGGUGCAUUCUGGUCCCACAGCUCCUGGAGUCUUCAGAGAACGACUACAGAGAGAAGGCUCUCCAGGCUUUGUUGGCAAUGGCUCCAGUGUGUUUGGAUGAGUACCGCUCAGAUGGCUCUCUGCAGGCUUCUCUUCACUCUCUGAAGCAAGAGUACCAGGAAAUGAUCCAGUCAGAAAUGAUUCUAGGAGAAGAGAACAGCUACUUGGAGGAGAUUGUAGAACUCAUAGAUGCACUGCAAGUGAAAAUGAAAUGAUCAGAGGACAGCACUUUGACAUUUCAUAUGAACAUGGCGUACAUCGAGGCGCUGCCACUUUCACUCUGCUGGGGUCAGACAGUCAAUCGCAGAGCAGUGGACAAGGAACACAAUUUUGAGGACAUAACGAGUGAGCUGGAAGACAGAUCUGCGAUUGGUCAGCAUGAACACAACCAACAAAUACUUCAUGUGUUGCCUAAAAAUAUUCUCCACACUUCUGAAGCUGUUCGUAUCUGAGAGGUCACAUCGAGAAUGUUUUUGUGGAUGAUUUUACAUCAAUAACGUUGCUUUUCUUCUAAUCACUGUGGUGAGUGGGUGGGGUGGUGUAGUCCAGGUAUGUGCACAUACUGACUGCACACACACCGCUAAUCCCAAAGAACAGUGAUCCCUGUUGCUGUAUGGAGUCUCUUCUGGUUGCCGUCACAAGUGAAUGUGUCACAGAAGGAAUUGGUUCACAGUGACGGUGGCACGGUGAUGGCCACGUAGUCCCGCUGCACGUUUGAGAGGAAGCAAGAGCUGGGUCAUGUGCUUUGAAGCAACGCCACUUUGCCAGGAUGUAACUGGCUUCACUUACUCUAACAUUAGACAUCAGGUUAGGUUACGUGCGCGUGUUAUGGGUGUUUAAGUCAGAGUUUCAUGCAGAAGGCAGCGUUGGCAACGUCUGACUGAUCACAAACGUGGAUGCUUACUGGCAGCAGAGCGACGGAUUUUAUGAAGACCGUCAAGCAACAGCUGCAGCAUCUGAAUGUGGAAUAGUGCUGUACAUUACAGUAUUAAACAACACUGUGUGAUUGCAUGUUCAAGGUUAACCCUUAAGUUGCUGUGCUUAUCCCCAGAUCCCUCUGUAUGCCUCAUAAAACCAGCUCUUUGAGUUUUCUUUGGAAACGUGAGGGGACUGAUGAGUAUGUAUGGUUGAAAAUGAAAUUGUAAAAAUUUAUUUUCAAAAUAGGUUUUUGUGUUACUUGAGUACAUGUGAAAAUGCAUUAGUCCAAAUUCCAUUUUCAAACAGACUUUGACUACAUGAGGAUGUAAAAACUGUUUGACAUUUAAUUUUAAAGUCAUGCCGCUCUGUAUGGUGGACAGUGUCAAUGAUACUGUAACAUGAACGAGUGUUGUUGGUGGCAUACACACAGAAGGACAUCGUCUGCUGUGCCAGGUGUAGCAGUCCACUUCCAGCUCCUCUCUCCUCUAGGUCCCGACCUGAACCCACUGCACCACCCUUCCCUGCAGCAGAGCCACAGACCACACCCCACCACAAUUACUCUUUAUGUAACUUAGGCAACCUGACUUUCCAUGUUCAAAACCAAUAAUCACAUCCAAUGGAAACACGUUUUUCAUCUGUUUUAAAAUAAGAAAACAGGAUUGUAUUUGAAAUUUUAUUUUCUAAGACUAAUAUGUUCUACUCUAUAGGUUACAGGGCAUUUAAGCGUCUGGUAAUACAAGUUAUUGCAGCUAACAAGAAUGUGCUGCAAGUUGCAGCAGAAUUUGGAUAAUUUAGCUCUUUUGGGGGUGUGGUGGGUUUUGUAGUAAUAUUUUCACUCUGGACUGAUAACUUUAAAAUAUUAAUGUGCUUAUUUAUUUGAAAAAGAUGGUGUUCUGUUGAUGUGUGUUCAAGAAAAUAACUUGUAGCUCCACAAUAAAUAAAAAAUGAGUGUUUCCA